GAGGUGGCUCUAUCCCCCGUGGAUACUGGAUACGCUGCUUGGACGUUUCUUGGGGCCGCAGCCUUGUUAGACGCGGUGAUAUGGAGCGUCCCUUGGUCGUACGGUAUACUAUUGGAUACAUAUCUGCAAGAUCCUGCUACAACGACGCAACCCCAUGCCACGACUCUGCUGCCUCUCGUGGGCACUUGCUCGUCGGGACUCAUGUUCUGUUCAGGAGCUAUCAUAUAUCCCUAUAUGUGUCAGUACCCUAGGCAUCGACGUCCCUUGAGGUGGGCUGGUAUACUGCUGUGCUGUGCCAGUUUAUUCGCAUCUAGCUAUGUGCGGAAGGUCUGGGAGCUGGUGAUGCUACAAGGGGUUCUGUAUGCUAUUGGGGGAGCUCUCGCUUAUCACCCAUGCAUAUCGUAUAUGUCAGAGUGGUUUGUUCGACGCCGGGGACUAGCUAACGGCGUACUCUUCGCAGGUACAUCCGCGGGGGGUCUUGCGCUACCAUUUAUUCUGCCAGCUCUGCUGAAGGCGUAUGGUAUAUUCGUAACGUUGCGGAUAAUUUCCGUUGCGUCUCUUCUCCUGCUUCUAGCUUGUCAUCCCUUCAUCAAGCCCAGACUGCCUGAGAGCCGGAUACCAGGGCCCGCACCUAGGACCAGUAUAUCCCCGAUACUGGGAGAUCGUACUUUCUGGGCCAUUCUAGUGGCCAACACUCUGCAAGGCUUUGCGUUCUUUAUACCCCUUGUAUGGCUUCCAACUUUUGCAUCUACUUUGCAACUCAGAACUGCGCUUUCUUCUGCAGCGUUGGCCCUUCUCAAUGGAUCUUCGGCCCUGGGCCCAAUGCUUGUCGGGCUGCUGUCAGACCGCUUAUCGCCGUGGCCAAUCGCUUUGAUUGGCUCUGCCCUCUCUUGCUUAUGCACUUUUGUCUUCUGGGGAGCGAUGCGCAAUACUGUCGGGUUGAUGUUAUUCGGCGCCACUUACGGCUUGGUUGCCGGCAGCUGGAGCACUUUGUGGGGACAGUUUGCCCAUAGGAUAUCCAAGGGCGAUCCUUCACUUAGUAUGUCAUUAUAUGGCCUCUUCAUGAUGACACGAGGACUAGGAAAUAUCCUUUGUACGCCUAUCUCCACAGCGCUCCUGAGUACC